CUCUGAUCUGCAGCGGUUCGUUUCUGACUUUACACUCUCAAUAAAUCUCUUCAAACCCGCAUUAAUUCGCAUUAUAUCCGCUCCUCUGCUUCAUUUGACAUCAAGAGAAUUUUCAAAGCUGUACGUCUGUCCCAAGUGUGACCCGACCAGGAGGAGAAUGUUCUGCGGCCCAUGAUGGGUGGCAGCGGGUCUAAAGGUAAAGGGUACUGGCCGUUCUCUGGUUCGGUGGGUGGGGAUGAACCUGCCAAAGACGGCCAAGAGCAGAGCCUGGCCAGGGUCCGGAGCAUCCGAAAUGCGACGCCUUUCGUGUUUACCAGGAAGAGCUCUUUGUACUACGAUGAGGACGGCGACCUGGCCCACGAGUUUUACGAAGAAACGGUAGUAACGAAAAACGGCCGUAAGAAAGCCAAACUAAAACGAAUCCACAAGAAUCUCAUACCUCAGGGAGUCGUCAAGUUGGAUCACCCUCGCAUCCACGUCGAUUUUCCCGUUGUCAUCUGUGAAGCUUGAUGCCGUCGGUGACCUCCUGUGAAGAUUCCGUCCUCCCUCAUUUUCCUCCCGACCGCUGGAUCCUGGACACGCUUGCUGUGUAGCGCCCCCGUGAGUUUGGGAGGGCUCGACGCGUGUAUGUUGAAUCCCGGCAAACGGGCCGCGAGAUGCUCUGGCCGUCUGCCUGAGAAGAGGCUGAGGCCUGACAAUGAUGUCCUGACUUUUUUCGUUUCCUUGUAAUCCUCCACAUAUACGUCUUGAAGACUAUUAUGGGCUGUACGGCCAAGACACUAAGUGUGGUUUGUAUGAGUGAAUGGCUGUUUGUUUGUUAGUAUAUGACCAUAGAAAUCGAGAAUAUUUAGCGAUGUUUGACUUUUAUCAGGAGCACAUCAUAAAGGACUUUGGAGAACCUUCUAGAACGUUCUGUUUAGAAUUCUGAAGAU